AUGUCUGGCCCUGCAACGACCAAUGCCGCAGCCCCGCAGCGGCCGCCGAUUCGGAAGAACGACUACGUUACUGUCGACGACAUAGACGACGACGACGAGAUUUCCAGCGACAUCGACGAUAACGACGACGACGGAGUUUCCACGUCGUCCGAAGACCUGACGGUCGAGGUCGAAGAGCUCAAACGCGACGCCGCCAGCAAGAAAUUCCCGCCUUCCGCCGACCCAGCCUCCGCCGGCCCGGCUUCUGUGCUGACCUUCCGCAACAUCUGCUACUCCGUUUCCGUCGCACAGCACAAGGGAGAUCCGGCCGGCGCCGGCCCGCAGUUCGCGCGGCAGGACAGCACCCUCGCGAAUUUUCCCGGACUGCCGCCUCAGCAGGGCUUUCCAGCAUCGAUUUCAGUCACGGCGCAAACGGAUGACGGUGCAACUGGAACCAGCGGCGCCGCCGCGCCUGACGGCGGCGGGAUCGCCGACGGGAUGCGCCGGAAGCGCGUUCGGCGGCAGAUUCUAUCGGGCGUGAACGGCGAGGCGCGAUCGGGGGAGGUGACGGCGAUCAUGGGCGCAAGCGGAGGCGGAAAGACGACGCUGCUGAACAUUCUGGCGCAGCGGAUCUCGUCGGGGCGGCGGAAGGGGACGGUGGAGCUGGACGGCGCGGAGGUGAGCGCGGGGAUGAUGCGGCGCGUCUCCGCGUACGUGAUGCAGGACGACGUGCUGUUUCCGUCGCUCACGGUGCGCGAGACGCUGCGAUACGCCGCCGAACUGCGCUUGGACUCCAAAACUUCGCGACGCGAAAAAGAGCAGAAGGUCGCGAGGCUGAUCGACUUGCUCGGGCUGGCGAAGGUGGAAAACUCGCCGAUCGGCGGCGAGAGGAAGAGAGGCGUUUCUGGCGGUGAGUGA